ACUUGCCCCAAAAGUCUGUCAAGGCUACACGGUGGGGGUGGGACCUUUGUCUUUGCUGUACGUGUACCCGUGGGGUACUGCGGAGGGGUGCGCUGGGGUUGUCCUCUGUUCAAAUGCAUCUCGCCGAGCCACCCCCACGCUCCUACACGGUUACUGUAUCCUCGUACGUGCGUGGACUUUAAAACUCGGGGUGUAAAAGGUUACAAGAGGCGGUUCACGCGUGAACGCGUGCGCACGUGCGCGUCAACACGUGCGCGCGCGCAGUCACUCCGAGCCGAUAGGCAGACCCCAGGCACCACCGACUCGAGCCUUCGAGGCUGUUUUGCAGGGGACGGGGUUAGCGGUCUUGGCGACUUAGUGUCGUCUAGCAGCUAUACUUUGUUUAGAUAAUAUAGAGUUAAUACAUCGCGCACACGCGAAGCCACAAUAAUAACGCACGUAGGCAAGAACACAGCACAUUGACAACAACCGUCGUUCGCCACGAAGUGUCGCUUGUACCAGGCUAGGUGCACCUCGGGUAACACAGCCACCCCCCCUACACACUAGCAAUCGCACGCAUUAAAUAGGCGCAAGUUAGAAAGCACGCUCACACGGCAUAACGCGACGCAUCGGAACACCAGGGGCGUAUGAACGGCACCACCAACCGACUGUUCAAUCAAUCCGAGCGAACAAUGUCUCUGGAGGAGUAUGACUAUAUCGUGGUGGGAGCGGGAGUGCAGGGCUCCUUCACGGCCUACCACCUCCUCGACAGCAGGCCCGGCUCCAAGGUUCUGCUCCUUGACCAGUUUCCGUUGCCCCAUUCCCGCGGAAGCUCCCACGGACAGUCGCGCAUCACGCGCCGCGCCUACCCCGAGCUGCACUACGCGCUCAUGAUGACCGACUGCUUCGAGGCGUGGGACAAGCUCGGGAGAGAGACCGGCUCCACCCUCUACACGCGCACGGGGUUGCUGAUGCUGGGCCCUCGCGGGCACCCGGAGCUGGAGGCCACGAGACGGGCGCUGGAGCACGUGGGCGCGCGGCACGAGGACCUGGAGGGUGAGGAGCUGGCAGCUCGCUACCCGGGCCUCGCGUUCCCUCCCAGCGCGGAAGGCGCUUCCACCGCCGCCAUCCUGGAGCCGGACGGAGGGGUGCUCCACGCCCAGCGAGCGAUGUCCGCCCUCUGGAAGAGGAUCGAGGAGAAUGGCGGGCGGAUCCUCGACGGGCUCAAGGUGUCGGCGGUCUCGCCGGGCCGCCGCGCGGUAACCGUGGCGACCGGCGAGGGGCGGGGCCCGCGGUUUGCGGCGAGCGCCGUGGUGCUCGCCGUGGGGGCCUGGGCAGGCGCGCUGCUCUCAUCGCUGGGGCUACGGCUGCCGCUGCAGCCGCUGCGGGUCAACGUGUGCUACUGGGAGGAGGAGCAGCCGGGCUCGUACAGCGCUGCCUCGGGCUUUCCGUGCGUGCUGGACGUGGCCUCUGACCUUCCACACCACGUCUACUCUCUCCCAAGCCACGAGUACCCGGGCAUGCUCAAGGUGUGCUACCACUACGGCACUCCGGUGAACCCCGACGCGCGCGACCUGGGGGCCGAGGGCGACACGCGCGACGUGGAGGCGCUCCGCGCGUACGUGUCGCGCCGAUUCCCCGGCCUCGUGCCCACGCCGGCCGUGGUGGAGACGUGCAUGUACACGAACACCCCCGACGAGAACUUCAUCCUGGACCGCCACCCUCUGCACAGAAACAUCGUCAUCGGCGCCGGGUUUUCAGGCCACGGCUUCAAGCUGGCGCCGGUCGUGGGCAAGCUGCUCGCAGAGAUGGCCACGGGAGACGCGCCCUCGUUCGACCUUUCACCUUUCGCCAUCGCCCGCUUCCACGCCAAGCCAAAAUCUUCGCUGUGAGCCGGAGGUCGCGACGGGGUGGGGGGCAAGGUGAGGGGGGCCUUGUCGAUUUCGAGGGCCCCCCCUCGCGCCUCCCAGUCCCCGCAAUCCUCUAAAAAACGCCGAGCCUGGACAAGAACAUCUUUGGAGUCUGUGGAGGGGGCUCGAUGCAAACCCCCGACGAUUGACCAGUUUGGCACGCGGCGCGACACGGUAAUUGUUCAAUUUGAGCGCCCACGUGGAAAAUAUUUUCUUAUUUAGGAAUUAAUUACAAAGUCAUAUCCAAUCCAAUUAACGGCUGUGAUGUGAGAGUAAAUUUGUUUUUGUGCCCCGUGAUGAUUUACGGUUCAAUUUUGUGUAAAUUAUUUUUUGCGAUGGCGCCCAAGACGGGGGGGGGGGGGGG